UGCUUUUUAAAAUUUUUCGAGAUACCAAGACAUAGUGGGCAGAUAGGCGGACUUUUAGCGAAAAAUUGAAAGUAAGCUUUCUUUUUAUUCGAAUACUGAUAAAUACAGUUCGUUGACUGCCGAAAAAACUUUUACUAUACAACUUUUCCUCAUGGAAAUAUCUGAGAAAGAAACAAGCGUAAAUAUAAGGAAAACGCCUCGGAAACGAGAGGUACUCGGUAGCAUUUUCCGUAGAAAAAUUUUUUGAAUUCUACACCAUUCGACGCAAUUCUUCACGCUGAUUCUCAAUAUGUCAUUAUUUUUGAGAAAUCGUGCUCUAAAACAGAGGAGCAAAGCAAAAAACUCUCAAAAAUCCAACUAAUUAUCCGUUAGUUUUUUACAAUAGGCGCCAAUACUAACAGGUGUAUAAAUGUAUGAAAUAGUAGAUUUGAUUUUCAAAGUAGAAAAUUUUUAUUCUUUUACUAAGUUCUCUCUUGUUAAAUGUGUCAUAUGAUGAAAUCGACGAUUGUAUGUAGAUCACCAUUGAAAGAAGUAGGAAAAAUUGAAACUUUGUUGAUCACAAAUAAAAUCCAAAAUUUUUGGUUUGAGUUUCUCGACAAUUCUGUUCCAAAAUGCUAGCUGGAAAGAGCUAGCUCUUGUUCUGCAAGAGUAUUUCGUCCCAUUGGAUAACUUGAAAGAAUUUGCUAAGGAAAUGUUGUUCAUUUUCAAGAGAUACAAAGUGAAUGUGAUCAAUGUGUCGAUCAGACAUGCACUGCAGGUGACAGAUAGAAAGAAACUUUUGCCACUUAGCUCUCCACUGUUAUUCUUGUUCUAGGACGAUUCUCGUCUCCUACUCUCAUGGGCACCGUACAAUGAAGUAUUUGCCUUUGUUAUUUACUAUCAGCAGAAGACGAGUGUACGAGCAAAGAAAGAAGUUGGUCAGUGGACGCGUGAAUUGAUCGAUUCUGUUCUCAGCUUGAAUGGAACUUAUUACUUACCGUAUCAACUGCAUGCAACAGGUGAACAAUUUCUUAAAGCGUAUCCACGUGCCACGGAAUGGUUUCAACUAAAAAAACGUCUUGAUCCAACAAAUAAAUUUAGAAAUAUGCUAUCGGAGUUUGUUGACACAAAGAAAAAGAAUAAAGUACAUAUUUCUUUUAUUCUCAAAAUUUUAUGUUUGGAAAUGUAA